AUGUCGCUCGCCGAAUCAUCGUCCUCUGCUCUUCACCUCGACUUCCCAGCCUCGACUGGUUCGGGUGUGAUGCACUCUCGCUCCGUCACCGGUGUCCACGUCCACCCUGUUGCUCUCUUCUCGAUCCUCGACCACUACCUUCGUCGUAAUGAUGGCCAGCACCGCGUCAUCGGCACUCUGCUCGGUACACGCACCGAGUCCGAGAUCGAGAUCAAGAACUGUUUCGCUGUUCCCCACUUGGAAGAUGAGGAGGAGGGUCAGGUGCAGGUCGACAUGGAGUACCACCGAAGCAUGUACGAGCUCUGCCAAAAGGUGCGACCGGAUGAGGUCAUUGUCGGCUGGUACGCCACCUCGCCAGAACUCAACACAUACAGCGCGCUCAUUCAGGACUUUUACUCGCGCGAGACCCUACCUCACCAGGCCGUCCACUUGACCAUGGACACCUCGAUCGACGGCUCGAAAGCAUCAGGACUCGGCAUCAAGUCGUACAUCUCGUCACCGUUGGGCGCCGCCCCCAAGGCCGAGAACUGCGUCUUCCUCCCGCUUCCCACCAACCUGCUUCACUCGACACCAGAGCACUCGUCGCUCUCGCUGCUUGCCUCGCAAAACGUCUCGUCGCCCUUGAGCGAUCUCGAUGCGCUCGCCGUCAGCCUCAAACAGGUCCAGUCGCAACUCGACCGCGUGCUCACCUAUGUUCGCGCCGUCAUCUCGGGCGAAAAGGAAGGCGACAAGGCGGUCGGUCGAUUCCUCAACGACACCAUCAGCGUCGUACCCGCAGGCAUGGACGACAGCAAGCUCGAGACUUUGUUCAACGCACACCUCCAGGAUGUUCUCAUGGUCUCCUACCUUGCCAACGUCGUACGAGCCCAGGCCGAGGUCUCGUCGCGUCUCACCCUCCUCACUUAG